ACUUUUCACCUAUAAAUAUUCCUCCUUGUGGAAAAUGAGCUACAUGCAUCUUCAUUCUUCAAUCUCUCUCACUCACUCAUAUUACACUUCCACUCACCCUGCAGAACAGCCAUGUCAACACUGAACCACCUCUUUGAUCUUCCAGAACAGAUAUGCUACGUACAAUGUGGAUUCUGUACAACAAUACUAAUGGUGAGCGUUCCAUGCAGCAUUUUGUCAACAGUGGUGACCGUGAGAUGCGGCCACUGCACAAGCCUCCUCUCUGUCAACAUGAAGAAAGCUUCCUUGGUCCCUUUCCACCUUCUAGCUUCCCUUACUCAUCUUGAGCCAAAAGAAGGUGCUUCAGAAGAUGGUGCAAACAAGAGUUUGAGCAGCUAUAAUACAUCCACAAUGACCAAUUCGGAUUGUGAAGAAGAGAACGUGACCCAAAUUUCCGAUUUCGUGCAUAAACCUCCAGAGAAGAGACAAAGAACACCAUCUGCUUAUAACCGUUUCAUCAAAGAAGAGAUUAAAAGGCUUAAGGCUGAAAACCCUAACAUGGCCCACAAGGAGGCUUUCAGCACUGCGGCAAAAAAUUGGGCCAAUUUCCCUCCGUCACCGAGUGAUGGAGAAGCAGACAGCUGUAACGGGACAGAGCAACUUGUGGAUCUGGACUCCCAUCAAGAGCCUCGUGAUGCAAUUGAGGUUGAUAAAGAAGGCCAAGGUUUCCGUGGAAGAAAGGCUCCAAGGAAUUCUAUCUGGGAAAGGACACCUUUUGAGUGAAGGCUCAACACACAAAACAACAAUCUAUUUUCUGUCUUAACAUUAAAGUUUCUACUACAUCGCUUGCCUUAUGAAGAAAGACGCUCUCGGGAAUGAAAAAGUUGAGUAGGAUAGAUAGCUAACAUUUGAGACUUGAAUAUUGAAUUUGUUUUUUCACACUCACUUUACGCGCGCCUUUGCUAUCUCUUUCUUUUCCAUUGCAUAUCUCAUCGUGACUUUAAAAUUUAACCAUUUACAUGGAUGUAAAUGAUGGAUUAUGGUUCCCAAAAGAGUGUGAAAUUAUAAAAACAUUCACUAUCUUUGAGACUUUGCGCUUUAGAAUUUGUCUUGUAGUAGUAAUUAACAGUUCUGACUUUUUAUUCCUUUUAGUUAGCAUAUCUUAUUGUUACUU